AUGGUUCUUCGCAAAAAAAAGCAAACAUUACAUUCUCCAGAAGACAAGCACGACGAGAGCCUGUCAUCUUCAGACCCUAUAACACAAUUUACAAGUAAAAGAACAAAAAAGCCUCGUAGCAAAAGUCAACUAGUAGUGGAAGAUAGUGAUGCCAGCGAGUCUUCAGACCCUUUCACUAUGUCAACAACGACAGCAAGAAAGGCUACCUCAAGAACUCGACGCGUCAAACCUAACAGCAAUAACACUAUUGCUACUAGCACUACAAAUAAUACUGUAAUAAGUGAAGAAGAAGAGCCACCUUCCUCUUCAAUUCAAAUGACCAGGGGACAAAAGCCUCCAAAAAAAAUUCUUGACAAAGGAAAAGGCAAAGCAGUUACUUCUGACAAUAACAGUAAUAACAAUACGAAAAAAAUUGAUAAAGGAAAAGGUAAACAGGUGCUCCGCGACGAAGAUGAAGAAUCUGAAGACCCUCUAAGUUUCCCGGUUUCGUAUGUUCAGCGAAAUGAACAACGAAAUCCAAGACAGUUUAAACGAUUUACAAACGACGAAGAUACUUCCGACGACCCCUUGACACAGUUUUUCGUCACUACCACCGCUAAAAGUCGCAAACUCAGUGUAAAUAAGAAAAGGCCGCGGCCGCUUCGUAGACAGAAAAUUCAGCGGUUUCCUGAGUCAAGUGAAUCAGAAGAUGAUGAAUUUUUGAUGGAUUUUGGUUCCAGAUUUGUGGAAAGAAAUUUGAAAUCAUCAAAAUAUUCAUUAGAGCCUACAGUUUGCUUUAUUUCUCAGACAACAAUCCAGCAACGGUGGAAACCUCUUGACACAUCAUCGAAACGACAACUUGUGCGUGCACUAAAAAAUAUUGCAUCAUCCGUAACUUUUAAUAUUCGGAAUGCAUCGAAAAGGGCAGAGGUACAAAGAGAUCUAGACGCAUUAAUCUCAAGAUUGUUAGCAGAAGAACGCGAUGCCUUAGAACGACUUCAAGAAAUGAAAAUAUCACAGGGUUCUCGAAGUUCGAGGGGUUCAGAAUCAAAGUUAUAUGCACUAUUACAAGCGGAAAUAGAAGACCCUAUUGACAUCGACGACGAGUUAAUAAAAAAGAAUAUACCAAGAGCAAUAGCACCAUUGACAACAGAAGAAGGACGAUCAUGGGAUCCUGACAAAGACCAAACGAUCAUCGACCUCAAGAACUCGUUACUACCGCAUUUUCGUUCAAUCAAUAACGGUACACAGUCGCUAGAUGAUAUCGUCUGUGGAAUCGGAGAUGCUGAAAAAAAGUUGUGGAGGAUAUUGAGGGUUGCGGGAUUGGAUGAACAGAUUGCGCAACGACUUGUAAAUAAUUAA